AAGGCUCACUCGAUCUGAACAACCAGAAGCUAUUAUUAUUUUAUUUUUUAUUUUUUAUUUUUUCGUUUUCAACCUUUUAGGUUCGGUUGGCAGGAGAGGACUUUGAUCCAUCCCCACUCCUCUCUUUCUCUCUCUGUCACUCUCUCUCUCUCUCUUUUUUUUUUUUUUCUCCAAAAUGGAUUAUUUCCCCAUGAUUUUUUCUCUGCUGUUUGUGGCUUUCCAAGGAGCUCCAGAAGCAGCGGUCCUGGGUGCGGAGCUCAGCACAGGCCCCGACAGCAGGGGGGAGAAGCCUGCUCCCAGUGCACCCUGGCGGCCCCGCCGAUCCAAGCGCUGCUCCUGCUCUUCCCUGAUGGAUAAAGAGUGUGUCUACUUCUGCCACCUUGACAUCAUCUGGGUCAACACUCCUGAGCACAUUGUUCCGUAUGGACUUGGAAGCCCUUCUAGGUCUAAGCGAUCUUUAAAGGAUUUAUUUAUCACAAAGGCAACAGACCACAGGAAGAGAUGCCAGUGUGCUAGCCAAAAAGACAAGAAGUGCUGGACUUUUUGCCAAGCGGGAAAAGAACUCAGGGAGCAAGACAGUAUGGAGAAGGGCUGGAAUGGCCAUAAGAAAGGAAAAGACUGUUCUGAGCUUGGAGAAAAGUCCAAGCAGCAGCAGCUGGUGGCAGGAAGAAAAAUAAGAAGGUUGGACGCCAUCAGCAACAGCAUCAAAACAGCUUUCCGUGUUGCAAAGCUGAAAGCAGAGCUCUACAGAGAGAACAAAGUGACCCAUAAUCGAACACACUGAUGACUGGUCACCUUGACUGGGCCUGUGGCCCGCAAGCCUUCUCCUCUGUGGAGGGAACCCUGCAGCUAAUUCUGCACUCUCUCCCCAUGGCUGAGAUCAGAGCAAAAGCAUCCUCCCUGCUUAGACUGUUUCUUGUUCCAGACUGGCAACGGGCCAGUGCCCUUGCUCUAAACAUUCCAGGGAAGGUUAAGGAGUCCCCCAAUCCAUCUUCAUUUGCUUCCAUCAAUGAUAACUGCUUUAGUCUCUCCUCGCUUGGGGUGACAAUGGACCACUUGGAAAGCAGAGAGACACAGUGACUUGUGAAUUAGGAUGUCAUCCUCUGGGGGAGAAGAGAUUCCACACAGGGUGGAAUUUCUGAAGAGAGUCCGAAGGGAGUGUUUGUGUCUCACUCAGGUGCCUGGCACAUUUCAGGGAGAAACUCCAAAGUCCACGCAAAGGUUUUCUAAGGAAUGCACGAAUUGAAAACACAUUCGAAGGACAUUCAAGUAAAAAAAAAAAAAAAAAAAAGUAAAAGACUUUUUUUUUUUUUAAUUCACAAAAUGCAAAACUAAAAGAAACUGUUACUACUGUAAAUCAGGAUGGGUUUGAUGAAUCUGAGUCUACCUCACCUCUAUUGCACUCUGGUAGAAGUACUUCCCCACCGUUAAUUAUUGCCUACCCCGGCUCUGUCCCCUCUUGCCAUCCCCUCCCCCAAAACCCCCAUAGUAAAUCUUGGCCUCAUAGAUGUCUAGUCUAACAUGCCAGUAGUAGAUGUAACAUUUUCAUGGUAAUCUACUAGCUCUGAUCCAUAAGGAAAAAGAUCCUUGAAUCUGGAGGUUCCCUUACCUUGAUCUUUGGAAACACAACGGUAUAGGGUUGUUCAUAAAAGACAUUGAAAAGUAAACAUUUGGUUAUGCUUUAAAGCAGUAAAGUUAUUGUCCUUUAUGUAACUGGCUAAUGGAAGAGGUUGGAUUAAAUUUCAAUGUACUUAUUUUUUUAUAGAUAUUUAUAUUCUAAACAAUUUAUUCCUUAUAUUUACCAUGUUAAAUAUACAUUUGGGCAGGCCAUAUUGGUCUAUGUAUUUUUUUAAAAUGUAUUUCUGAAUGAAAUUGAGAAAAUGCUUUGUUUUGCCUGUCAAGGUAAUAACUUUAGAAAAUAAAUAUUUUUUCCCUACUGUAC